AUGAAGAAAAAUAUUGAAGACAACAAGAAUAAAGAUAAGGAAGGUGAAAAUAAGAGAUAUGUGCCCGUGGUUGAUGGUGGAUGGGGUUGGGUUGUGGUUGUUGGUUCAUUUUUUAUUCAUGUAUUCGCUGAUGGCAUUGUUUAUUCCUUUGGUAUUUUACUUGAGGUGAUUAUGAAGGAAUUCAAUGCAUCUAAUACGAAAGCCUCUAUGAUAAUAUCACUUCUAACAGGUUUAACUCUUGGAGCAGGUCCAAUAGCAAGUGCGGUGACAAAUAAGUUCGGUUGUCGAGUAGCAACAAUAUCGGGCUCAUUAAUUGCUACUGCGGGAUGUGCAGCAUCAUAUUAUGCAACCUCAGUAGAAUAUCUAAUGGUUUCAGUUGGUUGUGUAAUGGGUAUGGGUUUUGGAUUAAUGUAUUGUCCAGCUAUUGUUAUUGUUACCAUGUAUUUCGAGCGCAAAAGAGCUAUGGCAACAGGUAUAGCAGUUUGUGGUGCUGGCAUUGGUACCAUUCUGUUUGCACCAUUAAGUGAAGAAUUAAUUAAAGCUUUUUCAUGGAGGACCGUUUUUGCUGUUUAUGCAGCAAUAGUAUCGUUAUGUUCACUUUGUGGUGCAACCUUCCGACCUUUGACAUUUGUAGCUGAAGAAGAUGAAACUAAUAAUAAGGGAUUAAAAAAUUAUGAAUUGGAUGAUGAAAAGACACUCUUAUCAACAGUUGUUCAUCAGCGAAGUGGUGGCGAUUUAAGCGAGAAAAAUGCUAUCAGUAAGCAUUCAGAAACAUCUACGGAAAAUGUUUCACAUGAAAAAAGUGGACAAAUUUCAGAAUCUACUGGCUUUAUCACUGUUCGAGAUGUUUUCUAUACUGGUUCAAUGAGUGAGUUACCACAAGAUGAACGCUACAGAUCACUGUUAUCUUUAAAUGCUCAUACUCAUGACAAGAAGAACAGCUUAGAAUCAGCAAGCAUGGACGAUGAAGAAGAAAAAGGUAGCAAAGCUCGUGAAAUUUUGAGGACAAUCGGAAAAAUGACGGAUAUUUCGCUGCUUGUUGAUCCAAUAUUCCUUCUCUAUGCUGUUUCGAAUCUGCUAACAAGCAUAGCAUUCAAUUCACCACUUGUUUUCUUGCCUUCUCAUGCUACCAACUUAGGUUGUACGCCAUCAGAAUCUGCUCGAAUUGUUAGUGCAUUUGGUAGGUAUGCACUGUAA